AAUAAUAGUAUUUACUGAGCACGUAUGAAGGCACUGUGCUAAGAGCUUUAUGCAUAUCAUCUCAUUUAAUCCUCACAAAAAUUCUAAUGAGGCAGGAAUGAAUAUUAACCCAGUUUUAGAGAUUAAGAAAUUGAUGUUCAGUGAGGUUAAGGAAACUGCCCCAAGUAACCUAACCAUGAGUAUUGGAACUACUUAAGUAAGUGCUAGAAUGGGGACUGAAAGGUAGGCCUGUGUAUUCAAUGCCUAUGUCUAGCUCCCUAGGCAUGAGUGUGCAUCUAACAGUCAUGCUGUACAGCCAGUUUGCUGCAAAUGGAAAAGUCUUUCCUAUAAUCACUCCAGUGGCACUAGCGGAUUACAGCAAUUGAGACUUCACAAUAUAAUUGCAUAGCAUGGCCUAAAGGACUCUUUGUGAUCUAGCUCUUGCUGAUAUCUGCACCCUUCAACCCUCACCUUUGAGUUUGUACCUAGUAGAACCACAUUGCUUCUAAUGUCCCAAGAACCUCAUGCUGUCCAUGGUUUCCUGCCUUGAGACAUAUCAUUCUCUUUGCCUCAGUGCCCUAUCACCUCUAUCACCUGGAAUAUUCCUUAGCUGGAAAUCCAAUUAAUACAUCACCUCUUCCAAUAAAUCUUUCCUAAUUUUCCCCUGAAAAUGUUAACCAUUCUGUCCUCUGUACCAACCUCUGUCCUUUAUUUAAAAAUAUAUUGUUCAUUUAUUCAUUUAACAUUAAAUACUAUUCUUUCCAGGCGCUAGGCUAAGUUCUGGUAGACGGAGAGUCAAAUAACACUUUUGGAGAGGGAGGGCUUCAUGCUAAAGCAUGGACAUAAACAAGCUAACUGCCAGUUGUUCCCACCAGCUAACAAAGUAUAGGUUUCGACAGGCUUGGGCAGGCAAGGAGAGGGUAUGCUGGGAGAAACGGGUGAUAGGGCAUUCUAAUUCAGCCCAAAUUUAGGAAUCGGAGUUUAUCUGUUCAUGGAAAACAAGAGCUGGCAAUACAGCUGGUCAUUUAUUUGAAUAAAUGUCCAUGAUGUGGAACAGGAUGGUGUCUGUUCAGCAUCUUGGACUGCUUUUGAGCCCUUGUGGGGAGAGGAGUUAGGAGCAACACUGAGAGAAUUAUUUGAAAAGAAGACUUUGAGCUACUCUGGGCACAAGCUGUGCUGGCUGUGGAAACAGGGAAAGGCCAUUCUCGCUUUCACAUAGAACCCAACACUGCUGCAGUAUUGAGAAUGGUAGCUUUCAGCACGCAGGCUGGUAGCCCCCUGUGCUGGGGAUGCUGGCAUUUUCACAGUGGGCCCUGUCAGCACUGGCAGUGGCAGGACCGUAGCACCCUUGAAUGGCUUCAUGAGAAGGCAUUGAAGAGAAGGUACUCGAGCAAGAAAGGAAGAAAAGGUGGGGGUGGGGGGGGUGGGGAGGGGAAUACUGCAUGAUGAUCUAUGGCUGACAGACUGGUUCGUGAGCCUAUUGAGACACAUCCAGGGCCUUCCACUUAGUGUUGGGGCAAGACCAUGAAUGCCAGGCUACUCGUAAUCUUGAAUUCUAACCACAAGCUAUGGAGUCCCGAAGACACCUGAGUUAACUUUUUUAUUGGCUAUUAGGGAACUGUGUCUUAUUCAUCUUUAUAUCCCAGGACCUAAGACAAAGCCUGACACACAGCAACUGCUGACAAAAUAUUUGCGGAUUUAUUUAAUGAAGGAGUUGAAAGGGUCAGAGAAGGGAGAGGUGGGAGCAUCACAUAUGCAUGCACUUGAUUAAAAUGUGAUGAUUUGUUCCUGAUCUGAUUAGACCCAGAAUAUCAAAUGGACAUGGAAUCUGUGCCAUGGGUUCUGGCCUGUUUUGAUGCUGCCAGCACAUGUGGGAGGUGCUGAGACAAAUUCCGUGGCAGUUACAAAGCAAACUGGCUGCCAAGAUGGAGAGCAGGGAACAAAUGGCCUUGACCUUCUAUAAUCCUAAGGUUCCCAAAAUUAAGGGGAACCGGCACUACCAAAGGCCUACCCUCCCCAUCAACAAAUAUCCGAAUGCCUCAAUGCCACCCCAGAGGCGGCAGCAGCAUGUGAAUCAGACACACAUCUACAUCCGAACGUUCUGUGGCAGCCUGUGUGGUUUUGGUUUCCUAAUGGUGAUCUGCAUGUCCCCACUGAACUGGGUGAGGUUCCUGGUGACCAAGAAUGGCUUUGAGCUCUACGCAGGACUCUGGAUCACAUGCAACUAUGAGCUGUGCUGGAGCCACACACCCAAACCACCCUAUUACCUUCAAUAUUCCAGGACUUUCUUCCUCAUCUCUAUCUUCUCCAUACUCGUUGCCCUUGGCUGGCUCAUCAGCUCUUGCCUGCCUAGAAGAGGAAGUACGACCACCAACUUCGAUCUGAAGGUAUCCAUACUGAGCUUCAUCUCAGCCAUCUCCUUGCUCCUCUGCCUUAUCCUGUUUCUGGCACAGGUUUACAGGCAUACUAAGGAUGCCUUGGAGCCAGAUCUCCUAUGGGCCUAUCAUAUUAAUUGGUGGAGUGACUUCUUAUUCAUGUUUUCUGGGAUCAUGUCCUUCCUCAACCACAUAACUUUCAGAUUUCCUCCCCUUGAUCAAAAUGUCACCGCGAGUCCCACGGAGAAGUCAAGGCUAGGGGUUGGUCCAGUGACCAAAGAAUUACCUGCUGAAGAUGAAGGGUUAAGGUCUGAUAUGGAAGCUCCAACUGAGGAAGAGAAAACAGCCCCCGAAGCAGAACCGUGAUGGUGAUAGGAAAACCCAACUACUGCUUGUUUUAAAAACAGAAGAGGGGCUGAGUUGGAAAUGAUUGUGUAGAUUCUAGGAAACUCUCCUAAUGUCAUGUCCAUGCUAUUGAAGGAGAUAGCAGUAAAGCUAUCUUUUGUGUGCACUGGAUCCAAAAUAUGUAUUAUAGAAAUGUAAAGAAAAUAAUAAAAAUCCACUUAAGAAAAAAAUUUUUUAAGUUUAUUUAUUUUUGAGAGAGAGAGAAUC